AUGGAAGCCUUUGGAUCGACCAAAUUUCCGGACCCUUUGCUGGCCACUGCUGCUGGGAUUAACGCUGUCAAGGGGAGAAUUAUGGGGCUCAACUCUCCCUUCACCAUUGCUAAAAUCGAAGAGUUAGCCGCAGCGGAAGUAAAAGCGGAUAGUGAUGAGGCAGUUAAUAAUCACACCACGGCCAUCCGAAGCACUUUCGGCCUUCUCGAGUACUUCCGUGAUCACCGGUUGAACGACGUGGUGAUUCAGGCCUUGAGUGAAUUCCAGAGCAAAGUCGGUUUGAUGAAAAUGCCUGCUAUAAGUGCGGAAAAGACUACGAUUACAGACUGA